CAUUUUCAAACCUAUCUACGCAUCUAUAAAAACCCCACCUUCUCUAUCUUCCGUGUAUUAAUCUCAUCUCCCCUCUCUCUCUCUAAAAUUUUCUCUCCUUUUUUCUUAUUUUCUUGUUUCAAUCAAUCAGUCUCUCCAUUUAAGGAACUUUGAGGAUGAUGACGAUGAUGGAUGUUAAAGGCAUAAACAGCAACCGCAAGAGCAGCUCCUCCUCCUCCUCCUCCUCCUCCACCACACAAAGUGAAGAGGAGAUGGGGGCUCAUGACUUGAGAAGAGGUCCUUGGACUGCUGAAGAAGACUUUAAUCUCAUCAAUUACAUUGCUACUCAUGGAGAGGGUCGCUGGAACUCUCUCGCUCGCUCUGCAGGCCUCAAACGAACCGGAAAGAGUUGCAGACUAAGAUGGCUCAACUAUUUACGACCUGACGUUCGACGUGGAAAUAUCACCCUCGAAGAACAACUCAUGAUCCUUGAGCUUCAUUCCCGAUGGGGCAAUCGAUGGUCCAAGAUCGCACAACACUUGCCAGGAAGAACCGACAAUGAAAUCAAGAACUACUGGAGGACCCGUGUUCAAAAGCACGCUAAGCAGCUUAAAUGUGACGUAAACAGCAAGCAAUUCAAGGACACCAUGCGAUAUCUAUGGAUGCCUAGAUUAAUUGAGAGAAUUCAAGCAGCCAACACCAACGCCACUAGCACUAGCACUAGCACUGCUACUACUACAGCUGCAGCCACCACCGGUGUCGCCAACAUCACCACAGACCCCACUUAUCACCACCACCUAAUCAACAACACCGACAUGGGAAAUCGGCAAUGGGCAGCCGUGGUUCAUGGCGGAGCUGCAGGGCUCGUUGGGAAUGAGUUUGGGGCUGCACAUGUGACUCCUACUACUUACACUACCCCAGAAACUUCAAGCACAGGUGCCUCUUCAGACUCAUUUGGGACACGGGUCUCGCCGAAUGAUUAUUACAACAUGAAUCCAGAUUAUUUCCAAUCUGUGCAAGUUGGCUACUCAGACUCGAUGAUCAGUCCUUCAGGUUACUUUAACCAAGUAAUGGAUUUCCAAACCAUGGAGCAGAACAACCAUCAAUUAUGGGUGGACGGUGGGGACACAUCCGAGAAUUUGUGGAAUGUGGACGAUAUCUGGUUUAACAUGUGAAGAGAAACCCAUUAAAAAACAAUACCCUUUAAUGUAGAGGUAAAGAAAAAAAAAAAAAACUAUGGAGGAAGAUCAGGAAGAGGAAGAGGAGGAAUAUAGAAUAAUUCAUACUACAUAUAGAAUCUGUGAUAGACACCAGAGAGGUCUAAUUGUGGAUUAUUUGCUUAAUUUUUAUUAAUUACUUUUGUUUGUUUUGUUAAUUAAUCUGAUUCCUUGAA